AUGCUGUCAAAAAAUCAAACAGAGAGAUUAACGAUUCUACAGGUAGACGCGUGUACUCCUGACGUGUGCAUUCAAUGGCGCAGCUGGAGCAUAGCCGAUGCACUCAAUUCAACGCGUUUAGCAAUGAGUAUCGCCGAAAAACAUCUGGAUGUUGCAUCGGUAACUUACUCGUCACGACAAAUUCGGAAAUAUUGCAAUCAUCGUUGUGAAUUUUUCAUUCACUAG